AUGUCUCUCGCAACUCUUGAUGCCUCGCAACACCCCAACCUCCCCACCUCAUCGGUGACCCUCUUCAGCGCCAAAGCCACCAAGAAGUUGAGCUUCGAGCAGAUCGCCCAACACAUCGGCCGCAAUGAAGUCGCCACCGCCGCCAUCUUCUACGGCCAGGCCAAGGCAUCCUCUGAAGAUAUCGAAAAGCUCGCUUCCCUCCUCGACAUUCCUCAGCCAGAGCUCGAGGCCCAACUCAGUGGAUUCCCUGACCGUGGCCGUACCGUCGAGAUGCCCCCCAAGGAGCCCUUGAUCUACCGACUGUAUGAGAUUGUUCAGAACUACGGAUAUGCGUACAAGGCGAUUCUCAACGAGAAGUUUGGUGACGGUAUCAUGAGUGCGAUUUCGUUUUCGACCAAGGUGGAGAAGGAGACUGAUGAGGCUGGAAACAACUGGGCUGUUAUUACGCUGCGCGGAAAAUGGUUGCCUUUCUCGAGAUUCUAA